AUGAACAACACAACAAUUACAAACACCAGAGAUGGAGUACUCAUUACUUUGACAUCGUUCGAUAUGGUUAUUUCAUUGAUGAGUGGAUUACAACAGGUAAUUAGCUACAUUUUCGAAUCGACCAGUCUAUUCCUACCGGAGGUGAUCACACUAUUUUGGUUCACACUAUCAUUCAUAUUGAAAUCAAACAUUACCACCACCGAUAUAAAGCUAUUAAAUAAUAAUAGAUUACUAAUUCGCAUAUUUAUUCUAAAAUUAAUAAAUGGAACAAAGUACGAUUUUAAUGAGAAAGAAACGGCAACUACUGUUUUCAAUUAUGGACAAAAGUACGAAAAAAUCACAGUGAGUUUGCUUCCUAGCAACAUUAAAGCAGAUCCAGAAUUAACCAAGGCACAUCGUAAGAAGAACAUCAAUGCUUUGACCAAAAGAUUAAAUGAUUUAGGUCGAAAGCAACUCGACGAUAAACUUCGGUUAAAAAGGGAGGAGAAAGUGAUGCAUUUCACCACUCGAAAUCAUCACAAUACACCUAAUGUACAACCAAAUCUUUCCCAGAAAUGGUCACCAAACAAUACCAAUAAAAGAUCUCCACCACCAAGUGUCGGUCAAAAUAAAACCAAAUUCACCGUAAAGAAGUCCAAGAUUGGUACUUGCUCUAUCUGCAAUAAGGGUAACCAUCUUCCAAAUGAAUGUUUCUACGGGAAGUUUGGAAAAUUCCGAGAUAUCGAUCCAGCCACUGGCCAAAGAAAGCAAGCUAAUGCAUUCUUAUGUUCGAUGCCUGGAACCAUAAAUAACAUUUGUAGUAACAUUAACUUACUCUCAUUUGAUCUAUUACAGGAAAGUGACAUCAAGAAUCUAACCGAUGUCAACAUUACCUUAAAUGGGAUUAAUAAAGACAGUUCUACAUUAUCAAAACAAAUAAAUAAAAAUAUAACAAUCAAUAAUAAAGUAUUUAAAAUACCAUUUUUUAUAAUCAAUUCUAAAACAAACUUUAUUCUUUUGGGAACAGAGACGUUACAAAAUUUAAAUUUGAAAAUUGAUUUUAAAAAUAAAAUUAUAUCUUUACCUAACGCUGAUAAAGAAAACAAUAUUAAAGAACUAGCUAUCAAAUUCAACACUCUAAACGAUUCUAUUCAAACUAAUUUAAUUGAAACUAGAAAUUGUUUAAUUUCGCAAAGCGAGAGUGAUAAUGAUGAAUGUUGUGCUUUAAAAGAUGGAGGUUGGAGACUCUGUGUAGACUACAGAUCUCUAAAUGGUAUAACUAUCAAAGAUACAUACCCAUUACCAAACAUCACUGAAGUUCUUAACAAUACAAGAGAUGGUGUUCUCUUCUCUAAAAUUGACCUACUCCAAGGUUACCACCAGAUUAGAGUUCAUGAGAAGGAUCAAUCUAAGACAGCAUUUCGAACUUCAUUCGGUGUAUUCCAAUAUAUUGUAUUACCAUUUGGACUCACAAACGCACCAGCGUGUUUUCAGAGACUCAUGGACAGUAUAUUCCAAAGACAUGUAAUUGCAAAAAAAUUACUUGUUUACCUCGAUGAUUUGUUAAUCAAAACAAACAUUGAUGAUGAAGACAAACACAUUCAAGAUGUUUUAGAAAUUGUUGAUUUAUUAAAUCAAAACAAAUUAAAAAUAAAACUAACUAAAUGUAUUUUUGGUCAAUACUCACUUGAAUAUCUCGGCCAUAUUAUUGGUCAUAAUAAAUUGAUUCCUAUAAAUGAUAAAAUCUUAGCAAUCAAAAAUUGGAAACAACCUAUCACAAAGAGAGAAUUGAGAGGAUUCUUAGGUUUGACAAACUACUACCGAAAGUUUAUCCCCAAACUCUCUGAAAUAGAAGCUCCAUUAAUUGAUAUAGCUAGAAAGAAUAAAUUAUUUAAAUGGGAAGAUAUACAUACAGAGACAUUCAAUUUGAUUAAAAACCAAAUAAGCGAUAGUAGUUUUCUUUUUAUACCUGAUUAUAAGUUAACAUUUCACAUCGAUUGUGACGCCUCCAAUGAUGGAAUAGGUCAUGUCAUUUAUCAAUACAAAGACAAUAUUGAACAAGAAGAUAACAAACAAAUUGUUCUUUAUGGAUCCAAGAAGUUUAACACAACCGAAAGGGAUUACCAUGUCUUUGAACAAGAGGUUAUGGCAAUCAAACAUGCUCUCGAAUCUAACUACCACAUGCUAUUAGGUUAUAAGAUAGUUAUUCAUACCGAUCACCAAAAUAUACUUUUUAUAAAUAAUAAACUUAAUGACAAUACAAAACCUAAAUUAAUUAGGUGGUUACAAUACAUUUUCUCUUUUAAUCCAACUCUUAUUUAUAAAAAAGGAUCUGAUAAUGUAAUUGCUGAUGGUUUAAGUCGUUACACUUACUCCACCACCAUUUCCAUUGAUGAUAAUGAUCUAAUUGCAAUGAUUGAAAAUGGAUAUAUUGAAGAAGAAACACAAAUAAAGAAUAAAACAAUACACACAUCAAAAUAUUAUAAAUCUAAAUCUGUGAAAACAGAAGGUAAACUUAAAUAUUUUGAAGAUAAAAUAGUAGUUCCUCAAGUUCGCUCUAUUAUUAAACGUAUUCUUUUCAUAUACCAUGAUUCAUUACUUGCAGGUCAUCAUGGAAUAGAACAAACUUUAGAACUAAUAAGUAGACAUUUUAUUUGGGAAGGAAUAGCCAAAGAUGUCACUAAUUAUGUCAAAGCUUGUCAUACCUGUAACAAAGCAACUGAUGCUCGUGGACAAUCAAUUGGUAAACUUCAACCACUUAUUGUUCCAACUAAAUGUUUUGAAAGCAUCAGUAUGGAUUUUAUUCCAUUAAUUGAUACAGAAUACAAAGGUAUUAAAUAUAAUAAAGUCUGGGUAAUUGUUGAUCGUCUAUCAAAGAUGGUACGACUCAUACCAGUUCAUUCAACUUACACUUCUAAAGAUUUAGCAGAAAUCUUUAUGAAAGAAAUAUUCAAACAUCAUGGCAUGCCUGUUGAAAUUGUCUCUGAUAGAGAUUCAAAGUUUACUAGUAAAUUUUGGAAAGAUCUGAUGGAUAUAUUAAAUUGUGAAAUCAGAACUACCACUGCAGAAAAUCAACAGGCCAAUGGACAAGUGGAAAGUAUAAUCAGAUACUUAGGUAACUUGUUUCGUAAAGCUAUCAUUGCAACUUACAAUGAAGAAAACCAUGAUGAAUGGAUAACUUUAGUUGAUACAAUUGAAUUUUGUGUAAACAAUUCCAUCCAUCACGGAUGCGAAUACUCUCCUUUUAAAAUAUAUACAGGUGAAAAUCCAAUAACACCACUCUCUCUUAUUCAAUACAAAUUGAAAAUGAACUCAUCAAAAGUUGAUAUCGAAAACAUGAUCAACUCAAAGAGAAAUCAACUCAAAAUUGUUAGAAAUUGGUUAUUCGAUAAUCAAUAUAACAUGAGAAUUCAAUAUAAUAAGAAUAAGAAAGAAAUGGAUAUUAAAGUAGGUGAUAGUGUUUAUCUAAGAAAGUUUAGAUCAAACCCUAAAAACAAAAUCAAAUUAGAAACAAGAUUUGAUGGUCCAUACGAAGUAACAAAUGUCAAUGGAUUAAAUGUCACAGUUGCCAACGUUGAAUCUGGUACAAAGAGAAAGAGAAUCAAUCCAUCUUUCACUAGACACGCUAAAUACUUCAAGAAACACAACUCUUUAGACGAUGAGGAUGAUGAUAAUAUUGAAUUUGGCGAAGUUGAAGAAGAAGAUGAAAUUGAAAUCGAUUCAAUUACUCAAAAUGAACAAAACAAUCAGAAUAACAACAACGACGACACAGAUGACACUGAAGCCAUGGACAUUGAUUCAGAAUUAGAUUUGAUAACAAACAACAAUUCAACUAUAAACAACAAUCCACCUAUCAAUACACCAGAUUCAAAUACCUUAAUUUUGGAUAAUAUUCCAAACUCAACUACUACUCAUCCAAUCAUUCAUAAUACAUUGACAUUCCACAAUGAAAGAGGAUUUUCAGAAUCUUCUGAAAUCACUAAUUUCCAGAGAAUAUCUGCCAAAGAAAUCAAAGAAGCAUUCGAAAAGAAGAAUAAGUUAACUGUCCUUGAAGAAUACAUCCAAUACCACAAUUCCCAUCCGAACCAUCCACCAACCAAACAAAGUGCCAAGAUACUCAUAGCCUUGAUCAACGCCAAUAUCAUUCGUAAAGAUACAAUGUUCGUCACAAGAAAGAGAACCUUCAAUCUCACCAACAAGAGAGAUGCCAAGACCGAAUAUCUUUUCAAUAUAGGAGGAGUCCAAGGAUGGAUACUGGAUAACGAUGUUCACCAAUCAUAUAAGUCUUUAACCGGAGACUAUAGAAAUUGGUUGAAAACUAAUUCAAACUAA